AUGACAACCACAGUCGAACCCGCAAUCGCUCCCGCCGCGCCCGCCCCAAUCGAUGACGACGACGCAGAAGAAGGCGAAUGGGACGGGGAGGACGACAUACCUACUUCUGAGAACACAGCACCACCUGAGCCCACAAAUGGCAUUGAGGCCACACGCGCAGAUGUCGAGGGGAGUGCCUAUAGCGAGGAAGUGAGCAGUGGGGGAUGGAAGAAGGGGAAGAACGGGGGGAAUGGAAAUAGGAAUGGGGCGAAAGGAGUGAAGAAGGCUUUUUCCAGAGAGGAUCUCCACGCAGAGCAAUGGGACGAUGCGGCGCUGAUUGAUGCGUGGGAUGCUGCUGUGCGGGAGUUUCAGAUGUUUCAUAGUGAUAAACCGCCGACGGGGGGGUUGAGGAAGAAUCGUCGAACGGUACAUAAGCCCGCUACUCCACCGGCGGUAAAAGGUGACCCGGUACCGAUGGGGAGGAAGAAUCCAAAGAACAGCGGGUGUGCGGGGAUCCAAUUGUUGCGGGUGGAGGAGCCCGGGACGGCAUCACAGUCACCCGACAGCGCCCCACCACCACAGCCGCACGCUGAUACCGCAUACAACGCACCCAACGGACAGAAUCAAUAUACCGAGCACAUUCACACCCCAGGCCCUACACACGCGACACAUGCCGGGCAUCAAUGCCCCUCCUGCGGGGAUGCCACACCCGCAUCUAUGUCAUCAACAGCAGCAACAACAGCUGCAACAACAGCAGCGAUGGCACCACCACUCCCAUCAGACCCCGACCUCGCGAACGUCGUGCUGGCCUGGUACUACGCGGGGUACUAUAGCGGGGUAUAUGCUGCAAAGGAGACGAAACAAUGA